AUGGGGAACGCUGAUCAAAACAAGAGUGAUGUAAUCUUCAUCCUUUUAGGAUUCUCUGAUUACCCAGACCUCCAAAUCCCUCUGUUCCUAAUAUUCCUGGUGAUCUAUAUUGUUACUGUAGUAGGAAACUUGGGUAUGAUUGUAAUCAUUAGGAUUAACCCAAAACUUCAUACUCCCAUGUACUUUUUCCUUAGUCAUUUGUCUUUUUUAGAUUUUUGUUACUCUACUACAAUUACACCCAAAUUGUUAGAAAUCUUGGUUGUGGAAGACAGAAGCAUGUCUUUUGCUUUCUGUAUCACACAAUAUUCUUUUGCUUCCAUCUGUGUGGACACAGAGACAUUCUUAUUAGCAUUGAUGGCCUAUGAUCGCUUUGUGGCAAUUUGUAAUCCCUUGCAAUAUACAGUUGUCAUGUCCCAGAAAAGAUGUGUCCUGUUGCUGACAGGUGUUUAUAUGUGGGGCUUAACAUCUUCUAGCAUAUUCCGCUACUCACUUCUUAUUUUGUCAUUUUCUGGAAGAAGCAUCAUUAACAAUUUUCUCUGUGAGUAUUCUGCUAUUCUUUCUGCCUCCAUCUCUGAUAAAUAUGUUACUGAGAUAAUCCUUCUUAUCCUUGCCAAUUUUAAUACAUUUUUCUCGCUCAUUAUUGUACUCACAUCCUAUCUUUUUAUUUUUGUCACUGUCCUAAAGAUGAAUUCAUCCACUGGGAGAUACAAAGCUUUCUCUACUUGUGCCUCCCACCUCACAGCUGUUACCAUUUUCUUUGGAACCAUCCUCUUCCUCUACUGUGUUCCCAGUAUCAAAAGCUCAUGGCUUUUGGUGAGAGUAAACACUGUGUUUUAUACGGUGGUGAUCCCCAUGCUGAAUCCCUUAAUAUACAGUUUGAGGAAUAAAGAUGUGAACGCUACUAUCAAGAAACUAAUGCAAAUGCCAGGGAGGUUGCACAGUAGAUAG